AUGGAGCUGGGCGAUGGGGGCAGGAAGGAGGAGGUUGGAAGAAGGACCAUGCGUAGCGGGGGCGACGGAGACGACGACAGGCAGCGCCCCUACGACGGCGACGACGACGACGACGAGGGGACGAGGCAGCCGUACAAGUGCGCGUUCUGCAGGAGGGGGUUCCCCACGGCGCAGGCGCUCGGCGGGCACAUGAACGUGCACCGGAAGGACCGGCCAGCCACUAAGGCGGCGCCAAGGGGCGCCGGCAUCUGCGGUCAGGAGUCGCCGGCGGUCAUCGACGCGCUCCUGGCGUACGGAGUGCUGGUUCAUCCGGAGGCGAGCGGCGCCGCUGGAGGGAGCUCCAGGAUCCGUGCCCAGCGGCCGCCACGGGAGCUCCGGCUUUUCGGCCAUGUCGACGACGCCGGUCGUGGCAAGGAAGAUCAAAGCUGGAGCGCCAGAGAUCGAGGAGGGUGCCACGAAGCCAAGGAUGAUGCCGGCGAUCACGGCGAACAAGAGGAGGAGGAGUUGGAUUUGGAGCUGAGACUCGGUGCUGCGGGUCAGUGA